AUGGCUCGGCAGCCACCCCUCGGGGAGCUGCCUCCGGACUACACGCCCCCAGCUGGAGCCGCAGCGCCCCAGAUCCUAGCUGGGAGCCUGAAGGCUCCGCUCUGGCUUCGUGCUUACUUCCAGGGCCUGCUCUUCUCGCUGGGCUGCAGGAUCCAGAGACACUGUGGCAAAGUGCUCUUCCUGGGACUGCUGGCCUUUGGGGCCCUGGCACUGGGUCUCCGUGUGGCCAUCAUUGAGACAGACCUCGAACAGCUCUGGGUGGAAGUGGGCAGCCGGGUGAGCCAGGAGCUGCAGUACACCAAGGAGAAGCUGGGCGAGGAGGCUGCGUACACCUCCCAGAUGUUGAUACAGACCCCGCGCCAGGAGGGGGAGAACGUCCUCACACCCGAGGCGCUGCGCCUCCACCUCCAGGCCGCCCUCACCGCCAGUAAAGUGCAAGUGUCGCUCUAUGGAAAGUCCUGGGAUCUGAACAAAAUCUGCUACAAGUCAGGAGUUCCCCUCAUUGAAAACGGGAUGAUCGAGCGGAUGAUUGAGAAGCUGUUCCCGUGCGUGAUCCUCACCCCCCUCGACUGCUUCUGGGAGGGAGCCAAGCUCCAAGGGGGCUCUGCCUACCUGCCCGGCCGUCCCGACAUCCAGUGGACCAACCUGGACCCCGAGCAGCUGCUGGAGGAGCUGGGCCCCUUUGCCUCCCUUGAGGGCUUCCGCGAGCUGCUGGCCAAGGCACAGGUGGGCCAGGCCUACGUGGGGCGGCCCUGUCUGAACCCUGACGACCCUCACUGCCCGCCUAGCGCUCCCAAUCACCACAGCAGGCAGGCUCCCCGUGUGGCUCAGGAACUGAGCGGGGGCUGCCACGGUUUCUCCCACAAGUUCAUGCACUGGCAGGAGGAACUGCUGCUGGGAGGCAUGGCCAGGAGCCCCCAAGGACAGUUGCUGAGGGCCGAGGCCCUGCAGAGCACCUUCCUGCUGAUGAGUCCCCGCCAGCUGUACGAGCACUUCCGGGGUGACUACCAGACGCACGACAUCGGCUGGAGCGAGGAGCAGGCGGGCACCGUGCUGCAGGCCUGGCAGCGGCGCUUCGUGCAGCUGGCCCAGGAGGCCCUGCCUGAGAAUGCGUCCCAGCAGAUCCACGCCUUCUCCUCCACCACCCUGGAUGACAUCCUGCACGCGUUCUCGGAAGUCAGUGCCGCCCGCGUGGUCGGAGGCUAUCUGCUUAUGCUGGCCUAUGCCUGUGUGACGAUGCUGCGGUGGGACUGUGCCCAGUCCCAGGGUGCCGUGGGCCUCGCCGGGGUGCUGCUGGUGGCCCUGGCAGUGGCCUCAGGCCUCGGGCUCUGCGCCCUGCUCGGCAUCGCCUUCAAUGCUGCCACCACCCAGGUGCUGCCCUUCUUGGCCCUGGGCAUCGGCGUGGAUGACAUAUUCCUGCUGGCACACGCCUUCACCGAGGCCCCACCCGGCACCCCUCUCCAGGUUGAUGUGGGGAUCGGUGAGGAGCGCAUGGGCGAGUGUCUGCUCCGCACGGGCCCCAGCGUCGCACUCACGUCCAUCAACAACAUGGUGGCCUUCUUCAUGGCCGCCCUCGUUCCCAUCCCUGCGCUGCGGGCCUUCUCCUUGCAGGCGGCCGUCGUGGUCGGAUGCAACUUUGCCGCCGUGAUGCUUGUCUUCCCAGCGGUCCUCAGCCUGGACCUGCACCGGCGCCACUGCCAGCGCCUCGAUGUGCUCUGCUGCUUCUCGAGCCCCUGCUCCGCGCGGGUGAUUCAGAUUCUGCCCCAGGAGCUGGCGGACAGGGCAGUACCAGUGGGCAUGGCCCACCUGACGGCCACCGUCCAUGCCUUCGCCCACUGUGAAGCCAGCAGCCAGCACGUGAUCACCAGCCUGCCUCCCCAAGCCCACCUGGUGCCUCCACCUUCUGACCCACUGAGCUCUGAGCUGUUCAGCCCGGGAGGGUCCACUCGGGACCUUCUGGGCCAGGAGGAGGGGACAAGGCAGAAGGCAGCCUACAAGUCUCUGCCCUGUGCCCGCUGGACUCUUGCCCAUUUUGCCCGCCAUCAGUUUGCACCCUUGCUGCUCCAGUCACGCGCCAAGGCUGCGGUGCUGGUCCUCUUUGGGGCCCUCCUGGGCCUGAGCCUCUACGGAGCGACCUUGGUGCAGGACGGGCUGGCCCUGACCGACGUGGUGCCUCGGGGCACCAAGGAGCAUGCCUUCCUGAGCACCCAGCUCAGGUACUUCUCCCUGUACGAGGUGGCCCUGGUGACGCAGGGUGGCUUUGACUACGCCCACUCCCAACGCGCCCUCUUUGAUCUGCACCAGCGCUUCAGCUCCCUCAAGGCCGUGCUGCCCCCACCUGCCACGCAGGCGCCGCGCACCUGGCUGCACUAUUACCGCAGCUGGCUACAGGGAAUCCAGGCUGCGUUUGACCAGGACUGGGCUUCUGGGCGCAUUACCCGCCACUCGUACCGCAAUGGCUCUGAGGAUGGGGCCCUGGCCUACAAGCUGCUCAUCCAGACCGGGGAUGCCCGGGAGCCUCUGGAUUUCAGCCAGCUGACCACGAGGAAGCUGGUGGACAAGGAGGGGCUGAUUCCACCCGAGCUCUUCUACGUGGGGCUGACCGUGUGGGUGAGCAGUGACCCCCUGGGCCUGGCGGCCUCGCAGGCCAACUUUUACCCCCCACCCCCCGAGUGGCUGCACGACAAGUACGACACCACCGGGGAGAACCUGCGCAUCCCGGCGGCCCAGCCCCUGGAGUUCGCCCAGUUCCCCUUCCUACUGCGUGGCCUCCAGAAGACUGAGGACUUCGUGGAGGCUAUCGAGGGGGCCCGGGCAGCAUGCGCCGAGGCAGGCCAGGCCGGGGUGCGAGCCUACCCCAGCGGCUCCCCCUUCCUCUUCUGGGAGCAGUACCUGGGCCUGCGGCGCUGCUUCCUGCUGGCUGUCUGCAUCCUGCUGGUGUGCACUUUCCUCGUCUGUGCCCUGCUGCUGCUCAACCCCUGGACAGCUGGCCUCAUCGUGCUGGUCCUGGCAGUGAUGACCGUGGAGCUCUUUGGCAUCAUGGGUUUCCUGGGCAUCAAGCUGAGCGCCAUCCCCGUGGUGAUCCUUGUGGCCUCUGUGGGCAUUGGUGUCGAGUUCACGGUCCAUGUGGCUCUGGGCUUCCUGACCAGCCAGGGCAGCCGGAACCUGCGGGCUGCCCGCGCCCUGGAGCGCACAUUUGCCCCAGUGACCGAUGGGGCCGUGUCCACGUUGCUGGGUCUGCUCAUGCUUGCUGGUUCCAACUUCGACUUCAUCGUAAGGUACUUCUUCGUGGUGCUGACGGUGCUCACACUCCUGGGCCUCCUCCACGGGCUCGUGCUGCUGCCUGUGCUGCUGUCCAUCCUGGGCCCCCCACCAGAGGUGGUACAGACGUACAAGGAGAGCCCCGAGGCCCUGAGGCCCCCAGCUCCACGAGCAGGAGGGCUCCGGUGGGGGUUGUCCCCCGCGCUGCCCCAGAGCUUCGCCAGAGUGACUGCCUCCAUGACCGUGGCCCUCCACCCACCCCCACUGCCUGGGGCCUACCUCCACCCGGCCUCCGACGAGCCUCCUUGGCCCCCUGCCGCCACACCGGCAGCCAGCGGCUCCAGCUCCCUCACUUCUGGGGGCCCAUGUCCAGCCACUGAGUGA